GCGCGUGUGUAUGUGUGUGUGUCUGGACGGCGAAACGUUUGGUUAACGGUAUUUCAAACAGCGUUUUCAUACAUAUUUAGGUGCUGUUCGCAAUUUUACCAUGCGUGUUAUUUGCUACCUGAAGAAUACAUGGACAUAAAUUCGACUUGAAUUGAAGUGCGUGCGCAACAGGGCGCGCGCGGCGGCUGUCUGUCAUCUACAGAAGUUUACGGCAAUCAGCGCGUGUAUUAAAAAGUGUCGCGCGAAAAUACAUGACGUCAGAGCGUCCAGGAAUACAGUCGCGCGUGAUAAUUAACCAGAUUGAAAGAGCUGGAUCCAGUGUUGCGUGCAUAUGGAUUUCUAAUGUAGCCUCCAGUCCACAUAAACUGUCUGGAGUGUUUUAAGAGGAUGUAACCUUAAGCAUGAUAUUUUAUCUACUAGCCACGAGGAACAGAUUUCUGAACAUACUUUCAAUUGUUGACUGAAGAACCAGCGAGCUUUAAUAGGGACAUCAUGGAACUCCUUUGGAUAGUUUUCUUCAUUUUUGACAUUGUUUUCAUCACAGACUGUGCUAGAGGUCCUCCACGUGUAGCAGAGAAGAUCGCUCACCGGCAGACUGUCAGAAUCGGUCGCACCAUGAAACUUCAGUGUCCUGUAGAGGGUGAUCCGCCACCCCUCAUCAUGUGGACCAAAGAUGGAAGAAACAUCCACAGUGGGUGGAUGCGCUUCAGGGUCCUUCAGCAAGCUCUCCGCAUCAAAGAGGUAGAGGCAGACGAUGCUGGGACAUUUAUUUGUAAAGCCACCAAUGGAUUUGGCAGCGUCAACAUCAACUACACCCUCAUUGUCAUUGAUGACUCCAGCGCCGGGAGGGAAGGUGCCAGACCAGCUGGUGAAACAGAGUACUCCACUGACCUGACUGGAAAACUGGUGCGGCCUCGCUUCACACAGCCAGCCAAAAUGAGAAAGCGUGUGAUUGCCCGCCCAGUGGGCAGCUCCGUGAGGCUCAAGUGCACCGCCAGCGGAAACCCCAGACCGGACAUCGUCUGGCUGAAGGACAGCAGGCCUCUGACACCUGAAGAAGUUGGCGAGGGACGGAAGAAGAAGUGGACUCUCAGCCUGAAAAACCUGACGCCCGAACACAGCGGCAAAUACACGUGUCAUGUGUCCAACCGCGCAGGAGAGAUCAACGCCACCUAUAAAGUGGAAGUCAUCCGUGAAGCCACAAAUUCCAAGCCCAUCCUGACGGGCACUCAUCCCAGUAACACUACAGUGGACUACGGUGGCACCACGUCCUCAUGCAAAGUACGCAGUGACGUCACGGUUAUCCAAUGGUUAAAGAGGGUGGAACCGGGCGGCGAGGGCAAGUACAACUCUACGAUUGAGGUGGGAGACCAUCACUUCGUUGUGUUGCCCACGGGUGACGUGUGGUCACGACCCGACGGCUCUUAUUUGAACAAACUGCUGAUCACUCGAGCCAAGGAGGAGGACGCCGGCAUGUACAUCUGCCUGGGGGCAAAUACCAUGGGCUACAGCUUCCGCAGUGCUUUCCUCACUGUGCUGCCCGACCCAAAGCCGCCGUUCUCCCCGAUCCAUCAGUUCUGCCCCCCCAGCCUCCCCUGGCCCGUCAUCAUCGAUCCCGCAGGAAUAGUCUUCAUUCUCGGCACUGUCCUGCUUUGGUUCUGCCAGUCCAGAACAUGCUCCUCAGGAGCCAUAAUCUCAGCCCAAACGUUACCCAACGGCCACCGGCAGCCACCAAGAGACCGACCGGCCGAUAAAGACUGUAUCGCUUGUCUCUACGAGGAGUAUCUGGCCCAACAGCAGCAACAGCAGCUCCUGCUGGCUCAAUCGGCUCCUAAAGUCUACCCAAAGAUCUCAGACGUUCACACGCACACACACUCGCACGUAGAUGGCAAAAUUCACCAGCACCAGCACAUCCACUACCAGUGUUAGCACGGAUGGAGGCCUUCUAGUUCACACACAUUUCUGCAGUCGGCCAAACAAACAUUUCAACUCAAGACACUUUAACCAAUCCCUCGCUCUCAACACUGCCAAGACAUAUGAACAAAUGAGGGCAAGGCUAACAAACAAAAGAUAUUCGAGUCUUUGGAAAUGGAGAAAUGUUUCACUUGCUGACACUCUGAAUGGGACAAAAGACAAUUUUUUCCAUCAGCCCAUUGACUAAUCUCGUGGACGGGGCCAAAAGGAUUUUUCGAUUAGCACCAAUCUCAGUGAAACGUUGGUUUGCAUGCAUAUGAAAAUGGUUUGCAGAUAUAUUGAGGUAGAGUUAUGGUUUUAGUUACAGACCGACUGAAUGCAUGAUGGAGCAUAUGUUCGUGUUGUUU